AAUGCUUUACCUUUUGUCGCCAGGAGCUAUCCUUUGGGCCUGAAGAGGGCGCCUGAAAUACAAUGCCAAUCUAUCCCUUCCCUCCACCACCCAUGUGCGGUUCUCAGCGAGCUAACCCUCAGCAACCAGAACCACAGCGGCAGAAUUCUACUUCCGAAGCUUCUGUUGUUAGGGCAAGCGGGCGUACCGUUUCUACGCACAGGAGCCAGCGCGGGCUUUCCCCAUCGAGCAGAAGCUACUCUCUUGCUCCUUUCAUCUAUUGCGCGAAGAAGCCUCCAGUGGGCGGGAGCUUAGGAGAGGUGGAAGGCGCAAGAAUCACAAUCAGAGGCUGCUCAGUCAAGAUAGUAGAAGUCUACUACCGAGAUCCGCUGGGAUAGGAUAAGCGCGAACUUGAGAAUCCCUCCAUGCCGGCAGGUUUGCCAGGCAGGAAGGGAGGUGCAAGCUCUGGAACAUGCAACUGCCUUGCUAGCCGACCUCUUGUUUUCAUGGGCAGUAAGUAAUUUUUUUUUUAUUUUUUUUUUUUUGCCUCCCAACGUCGACGCGAAGGAAGAAUGGGAGAUGGCCCGCUUUGCCAGUUGUCCCCUGGGCCAGGUUCUUGCGAUUUGAAGGCAAUAGCGUGCCUUUGGAAGGGAAUUUUCGAAAAAAGGGAGAACGUUAAAGUUGCCGAGGAAGAUCGUUCUGUACCACCCACAUUAUUGAAUACACAGUUCUCCGAAUUUACGCCAGACAUAACGCCCAUUAUCUUGGCUGCCCAUACAAACAAUUAUGAGAUCAUUAAACUUUUAGUCCAGAAAGGUGUGUCUGUUCCUAGACCACAUGAAGUUCGCUGUAAUUGUAUGGAAUGUGUCUCCAGUUCAGAGGUGGAUAGCCUUCGUCAUUCCCGAUCCAGACUAAAUAUCUACAAGGCUCUUGCAAGCCCAUCUUUAAUUGCCCUAUCAAGUGAGGACCCAUUUCUUACAGCAUUUCAGUUAAGUUGGGAACUUCAGGAACUGAGCAAAGUGGAAAAUGAGUUUAAAUCUGAAUAUGAAGAAUUGUCAUAUCAGUGCAAGCAAUUUGCAAAAGAUCUAUUGGAUCAGACUCGGAGUUCAAGAGAAUUGGAAAUUAUUCUUAAUUACAGAGAUGAUAACAAUCUAAUAGAAGACCAGAGUGGAAAUGAUUUGGCAAAAUUAAAACUGGCAAUUAAAUACCGUCAAAAAGAGUUUGUUGCCCAACCAAACUGUCAACAGCUACUUGCCUCUCGUUGGUAUGAUGAGUUCCCAGGCUGGAGGAGACGCCAUUGGGCUGUGAAGAUGUUGACUUGCAUCAUAGUUGGAUUCCUUUUCCCUGUGUUCUCUGUCUGCUACCUGAUAGCUCCCAAAAGCCCACUAGGACUAUUCAUCAGGAAGCCAUUCAUCAAAUUCAUCUGCCACACUGCUUCCUACUUGACUUUCUUGUUUCUUCUUCUACUUGCCUCUCAGCACAUUGACAGGUCAGAUCUGAAUAUGCAAGGGCCUCCACCAACCAUCGUUGAAUGGAUGAUCUUACCAUGGAUCUUGGGGUUUAUUUGGGGUGAAAUUAAACAAAUGUGGGAUGGCGGCCUGCAAGAUUACAUUCAUGACUGGUGGAAUCUGAUGGAUUUUGUUAUGAACUCUCUAUACCUGGCAACAAUAUCACUGAAAAUAGUUGCAUUUUCAAAGUACAGUGGGCUGCUUGCAAGACAGAGCUGGGAUAUGUGGCAUCCAACAGUGGUUGCAGAGGCCCUGUUUGCUAUUGCAAAUAUUUUUAGUUCUUUGCGUCUAAUCUCAUUAUUCACUGCAAAUUCUCACUUGGGACCACUACAGAUAUCUCUUGGAAGAAUGCUAUUGGAUAUUUUAAAAUUUCUCUUCAUCUACUGUCUUGUACUGCUAGCUUUUGCAAAUGGACUUAACCAGCUAUAUUUUUAUUAUGAAACAAAUGAACCUGAUCACUGCAAAGGAAUACGCUGUGAAAAUCAAAAUAAUGCAUUUUCAACUUUAUUCGAAACUCUCCAAUCAUUAUUUUGGUCAGUCUUUGGACUCAUCAACCUGUAUGUGACCAAUGUUAAAGCUCGACAUGAAUUCACUGAGUUUGUUGGGGCCACUAUGUUUGGGACCUACAACGUCAUCUCACUGGUGGUCCUGCUUAACAUGUUGAUAGCCAUGAUGAACAAUUCCUACCAGCUUAUUGCUGAUCAUGCAGAUAUUGAAUGGAAAUUUGCUCGUACAAAGUUAUGGAUGAGUUACUUUGAAGAAGGAGGGACUUUGCCCACACCUUUCAAUGUCAUACCAAGUCCAAAAUCUCUAUGGUAUCUAAUAAGAUGGCUGCGGAGACGACUAUGCAGGCAAAACAUUAAAAAAAAAACAGAAAGUUUUGGAACCAUUGGGGUAAGCAAAAUUAGCCAUUUCCUUCCUCAUCCUUGUAAGACUGGGUAGUGGUGACAUCUUACCUACAGAGGCUAGAAGGAUGUAUAUUUCUGCUUUUUGACA